GCGGAGAGGUAGGACGAGCCCCUCCCCCCGGGAGAGGGGCGCCCGGGGACUAGGUCCGGAACCGCUCCCGCGUCUGCUCCCGGGGCUGGCGGAGGCAGGAUUGUCAGGAGCCAUGCUGUCAGAAGUCCUGCUGAUGUCUGCUCCAGGGAAAGUCAUCCUUCACGGAGAGCAUGCCGUGGUCCACGGCAAGGUGGCACUGGCUGCAGCCUUGAACUUGAGAACAUUCCUCCAGCUUCAGCCCCACAGCAAUGGGAAAGUGUGCCUCAACUUACCAGACAUUGGCGUCAAGCGGGCCUGGGAUGUGGCCAGGCUUCAGCUGCAGGACACAAGCUUUCUGGAGCAAGGUGACGCCACAGCGCCCACUGCAGAGCAAGUGGAGAGGCUGAAGGAGGUGGCGGGCUUCCCCGAGGACAGCGCCAACGCCGAGCACCUGGCUGUGCUGGCCUUCCUCUACUUGUACUUGUCCAUUUGCCGGAAGCAGAGGGCCCUGCCCAGCCUGGACAUCAUGGUGUGGUCACAGCUGCCCACCGGGGCUGGCCUGGGUUCCAGCGCCGCCUACUGUGUGUGUAUGGCCGCCGCUCUCCUGACUGCAUGUGAGGAGAUCCCAAACCCGCAGAAGGACGGGGUGUCUGCCGGCAGGUGGACCGUGGAGGAUUUGGAAUUAAUUAACAAGUGGGCCUUCCAGGGGGAGAGAGUGAUUCAUGGAAACCCCUCCGGAGUGGACAACGCUGUCAGCAUCUGGGGAGGAGUGCUCCGGUUCCAACAAGGAAAGAUCACCUCCCUAAAGAGGCCACCGGCUCUGAAGAUCCUGCUGACCAACACCAAAGUCCCUCACAGCACCAAGGCUCUGGUGGCCAGUGUCAGGAGCAGGCUGCUUAAGUUCCCGGACAUCGUGACGCCCCUGCUGGCCUCCAUCAACGCGAUUUCGCUGGAGUGCGAGCGGAUGCUGGGGGAGAUGGCAGCGACCCCGGCCCUGGAGCACUACCUCGUGCUGGAAGAGCUCAUCGACAUGAACCAGCACCAUCUGAAUGCCCUUGGCGUGGGCCAUGCCUUGCUGGACCAGCUCUGCCAGGUGACCAUGGCCCAUGGACUGCACAGCAAGCUCACUGGCGCAGGCGGCGGUGGCUGUGGCAUCACGCUCCUCAGGCCAGAUCUGGAGCAGCCGGAGGUAGAGGCCACGAAGCAGGCUCUGACUGACUGCGGGUUUGACUGCUGGGAAACCAGCAUCGGGGCCCCCGGCAUCUCCGUCCACUCGGCCGCCUCCCUGGACACCCCCGUGCGCCAAGCCCUGGUUGGUCUCUGAGAUGAGCCCGCGCCGCUGCAGCCCCACCAAGAAGCGCCUUCCUGGGGUAUUCAGUUGGCUUCGGGGCUGGCCAGUGGGCCCCCAGCCCCUGUGCGCCGGCCUUCCCAGCGGCCGCACCCCCCCAGUCCCAGUGGUGCGAUAUGGAACCUGCAGUGGGCUGGGGACCCCCGAAGACCCGGUCUGUGUCCUGCCUUCUCUUGAGUUGCCCGGGCAGUGGGGCCGUGUGGGGUCCUCUGAGACGCGAGGGGCUUCCUUCCCGUCCUCCCUGAAGCUUCCCCCCCACACACCCAUCUGCUUUGGGCCACUGCCACCUUCUCAAACCCUCUGCCCACUUGGCUGGACACUCAGAUGCAGUGUGCCUUCUCCCUCCCUCUGCCGCUGCCCUUCCGCCUGUCUCUCCCCGCCCGGCCCCUCCCACCUCCUCCCUGUACGCCCCGUCUGUUUGAACCCCGCAGCACUUCGCGUGCUGUGCUCUUCUCUCCAGCCAGACUGCGGGCCCCCCAGCGGUUGUAUGGCGGUGGUCUUUGCCUUCUGCCCUCCUGUCCCAGGGUUGGCCAAAGGCAUGGUCGAUGUACCCAGUUUCUUCCAGUCUGUACCCACAGGAUUUGCAGAAAAGAUGGCAGAGGGGAAAUAAGCUCUUGAGUAAACCAGGGCUUCCCUUGGAGUCCAGAAAGGAUGAUGAUAGUCUGGUACAGUCUCCAGCCGGCCCCAUGCCUGGGUGGGGAAAAAAGAUUCAAGUGCUUGUAGCCCAAUGCCUGGCACCUACCUGGCCCUAUUUGAACUUUAUAUUACCAGUCAAAGCUCCUUCUGAAAUGGCAGAAUCCAUCAAAAAGCCCCUGUAGCUAGCGCACGGCCACGGGGAGCUCCCGCAGCCCGGGACCUGCCGAGGGGCACACGGGAAGGUGGGGGCUGGGCGGGGAGUUCAGGAUGCGGUUAAAACGGCCCUGCGCUUCUGCCCUUGGCCACUAGGGGGCAGCGGGUGCCUUUCCCAGGGUCUUCAGAGGGCGGGUGAGUGGGAGCUGGCCUGAAGAGCAGAAUCUGAGCUCUGCACCCCCCACCCCCGCCCGCCAUGCCAGGCCUCCCGGGCUGUGCCUGGGCUCCCUGCCAGAGACAUGAGGGCAAUACGGAGGAUGCCUGCCCCAGCAUCACUGAUGGCGGUUGCCUGCUUCUCUUCAAAACACAAAUAAUGCAUAAAACGAUAAUGUGAAUACUGA